AUAUAUCUUUUUCAUGUUUUUCAUGAAUUUUAUUUAAUCCUGCAAGCUAUUACAAUUAAAACUUUAUGAUUAUUGGGCAAAAUUUUAUUAUUUUUCUAUUAAUUCCUUUUUAAUAAGUGUUUUCUAUGUUUUAGGUGGUCGUACGGCGUUGUUUUAUUUGAAAUUGUAACUUUGGGUAAAAAUAAUAAUGCUUAUUUUAAAACUCAAUACAGCAAAUUUUUUUAAUUUUUGCAACUUUUUUGUAGGAGCUACACCUUAUCCUGCUAUAAGUAACCGUGAACUUUUCUAUCUUUUGAAAGCUGGUUAUCGAAUGGAUAAACCUGAAAACUGUUCUGAAACAAUGUAUGAUGUUAUGUUACAAUGUUGGCAUGAGAAUCCAUUACAACGCCCUACCUUUGCAACACUACGUGAGUAUUUUGAUAAAGUAAUAUCUGAAGUUGGCUGUUAUCUUAACUUUGAACUCAACGAAAAUACUACACCGUCGUUUUUACCCUAUGAAAUAGACAACCAUGACGAUAAUACAAUAGAAGACAGGGUUUUACAAAAUCCCGUGCGAGUAAAGUCAAUUGAGGAAAUAAAAAAAAAUAGAUGAUUCCAUUCUUCCAUUGUACGAUAUAUAUACAAGUGUUAAAUAAAAACCAACAACCAACAAUUUAAUGAUCAAAAUAUAAAUUUUUAUAUUAGCCUUAGAACUUUCAAACAUACAGUCUUUGCUAAAGUACAAAGAUUAUGUGCCGCUUUUAAAAUACGUGACCUUGUAUGGCGUGGCGUUGUAUGCUGCGUUUUAUCAAAAAAAACAUAAAUUUAAAUUCAAAAAUUAUCUGAACUGGAUUUAAAAAUAUACUUUAUAAUGUUUUUUGUUUGUUAUAACUGUUUAACAUAAUGUAUAAAUCUAUAUCAAUAUGUAUUUUCUCAUUGUUUUGAUCA